GCUCCGCUUCGAUCUCGCUCUCUUCUCUCUUCUCCAUCUCCUCUCACGGGAUCAAUUCCCUCACGUGGAUCGGGAUACUUCGCGUGUAAGCCCGCGAAAAUGGUGAGUUUCCUGUUCACCUCGGAGUCCGUGAAUGAGGGCCACCCGGACAAGCUGUGCGACCAGGUGUCCGACGCGAUCUUGGACGCCUGCCUCGCGGAAGAUCCCGACAGCAAGGUGGCAUGUGAGACGUGCACGAAGACGGGAAUGGUGAUGGUGUUCGGCGAGAUUACCACGAGGGCGAGCGUAGACUAUGAGAAGAUCGUGAGGGAGACAUGCCGCGGCAUCGGCUUCAUCUCUGAGGAUGUGGGGUUGAACUGCGACACGUGUAAGGUUCUGGUGCACAUCGAGGAGCAGAGUCCUGAUAUCGGGCAGGGAGUGCACGGUAUGGGCACGAAGAGGCCCGAGGAGAUCGGCGCAGGCGACCAGGGAAUCAUGUUCGGUUAUGCAACCGACGAGACGCCGGAGCUCAUGCCCCUGACUCACGUGCUGGCCACCAAGAUCGGCGCCAGGCUGACGGAGGUCCGAAAGAACGGGGCCGUCAAGUGGCUGAGACCCGACGGCAAGACGCAGGUGACCGUCGAGUACAAGAAGGACGAGAGCGGCGCCCUUGAGCCCGUCCGCGUUCACACCAUUCUGAUCUCGACGCAGCACGACGAGUCGGUUUCCAACGACCAGAUCGCGGCUGAUCUUCGCGAGCACGUCAUCAAGCCCGUCUUGUAUGCCUUUGUCUUGCUGGGUGCUGUAGAUGGGCGAGGCGCAGACGGAGACGACAGCGGAACUUAGUCUUUGUCUUUGUCUUGCUGGGUGCUGUAGAUGGGCGAUGGUUCGAAAUGAUCUGUUGUUCUCCGUUAUAUCUAGCCCACGU